AUGGGUCGCGGAAAGAGAGGACACCGAGGCGGCGGCCGCGGCGGUCGUGGUGGCCGUGGCGGUGGUCGAGACAAUCGUGGAGGUCAUCGUCCCUACCAAACAUAUCCCGAAGUGCCCAAGGAGAACAAGCGACUCGAGCAGUACUACAACUCCCUAGUCGACCUGCCCGAGGAAGAGAGGUCCGAGUUCUGGGCUGCGCUCAAGAGGGAGCUACCCAACAGUUUCCGGUUCUGCGGCUCGAAAGGCCACGCCCUCGCCGUCAAGCGCCUACUCCAGACGAGAUACAUUCCCGAGAUUACUAGCAUCACUCACGAUGGUGUCACCGUCGCCCCCCCGACCGCCGUUCCCUGGUACCCCGACGGACUCGCUUGGUCCAUGACUACCCCGAAGAACGUCAUCCGCAAGUUCCCUCCCUUCGCCGCUUUCCAGAAGUUCCUCGUCUCCGAGACCAGCGUGGGGAACAUUAGCAGACAGGAGGUGGUGAGCAUGAUCCCGCCUCUGCUCAUGGACGUUAAGCCAGGAAUGGCCGUCCUCGAUCUUUGCGCUGCACCUGGCAGCAAGGCCGCUCAGCUUCUAGAGAUGAUCCACCGUGGCGAGGAGGCUCGCAUUCGCCAGGUCAUUCGGAGCAUCUCUGGUGACGAGGCCAAGGGCGAGGAUGUUCAGGAGGAGGACGAGACGACACGCCUAGAAGCCGACCCCAGCGAUGAUGGCAGAGCCACCGGCAUGCUCAUCGCUAACGACGCCGACUAUAAGCGGAGUCACAUGCUUAUCCAUCAACUGAAGCGCCUGUCCUCGCCUAAUAUGAUCGUCACCAACCACGACGCCACCAUGUACCCCUCCCUCAGGAUACCGAACCCCGAGAACCCCUCCAAACCCAACUACCUUAAAUUCGACCGCAUCUUGGCCGACGUCCCUUGCUCCGGCGACGGCACCCUCCGCAAAAACGUCAAUCUGUGGAAGGACUGGACUCCCGGUAAUGCCUUGGGUCUACAUCUCACACAGGUCAGGAUUCUAGUGCGUGCUUUACAGAUGCUCAAGCCCGGAGGUCGCGUUGUCUACUCGACCUGCAGCAUGAACCCUGUCGAGAACGAGUCCGUUGUGGCUGCCGCCAUCGAGCGGUGCGGCGGACCUGAGAAGAUCGAGAUCCUUGACUGCAGCGACCAACUCCCCCUACUCAAGCGGAAGCCGGGUCUGCGGAAGUGGCAGAUUAUGGACAAGUCGGCUCGCCUAUGGAACUCGUGGGAGGAGGUCGAAGAGUACGUAAAGUCCACCGAGGAUGGCAUUACCCCGGGUCGUCUCGUCGAGAGCAUGUUCCCGCCCUCUGCGAGUAGCGACUGUGCCGAUCUCCCCCUGGACCGGUGCAUGCGGGUGUAUGCUCAUCAGCAGGACACUGGUGGCUUCUUCAUCACUGCCCUCCACAAGAAGGUCGAGUUCAAGGCGAAGCCGGAGGAGAACAGGAAGCAGCCCCCUCAAAAUGCCAAGGCCAACGGCAAGGCGAAUACUACCAAGAGGCCGCUGGAUGAGGAGGACAAAGAGGAGGAGGCCGGUGUUAAAAAGCUGAGGUUGUCCGAGGAGCCUUCUAAGGAGCAGCCAGCUGCAGUCGAGCCAGCAGAGGCCGGAACAGAAGUUCAGGCGGAAGUUGAAACCGAGACCAAGCCCGAGACCCUCGAAACCCCGGCCAACGGCGACACCGCCAACGAAGAAGCCACCCCGGUCCCGCAGCCAACAGACUCAACAUCCGCAACUCCCACCGUAGCAACCCCCGCGGCUACAGCCGCAACCCCUACCGCCCAGGAGCCCCUCCCGGAGCCCAAGCGCAGGCCGGAUGGCCCCUACGAAGAACCCUUCAAAUUCCUCUCCCCCGACCACGACGUUAUUAAGAACGUGGCCGAGUUCUACUCCAUCUCGCCACGCUUUCCGUCAGACCGGUACAUGGUGCGCAACGCGCUCGGCGAGCCGGCCAAGGCCAUCUACUACACCUCAGCUCUGGUGCGCGACAUCCUCGUGCUCAACGAGGGGCGCGGCGUCAAGUUCGUGCACGGCGGCGUCAAGAUGUACGUCAAGCAGGACGCGCCGUCGGCCGACGUCUGCCGCUGGCGCAUUCAGUCCGAGGGCAUCCCCAUCCUGCACGGCUACGUCGGCCCGGAGCGCGUCGUGGUGCUCACCAAGAAGGAGACGCUCAAGAAGCUGCUGGUCGAGAUGUUCCCCAAGAUCGCCGGCGACGACUGGCGCCGCAUGGACGAGAUCGGCGAGCGCGUCCGCGACCUCGCCCUCGGCUGCUGCGUCCUGCGCGUCCAGCCCGAGGGCGGCGACGAGGACUUCGCCGAGAGCAUGGCCCUGCCCCUGUGGAAGAGCUUCCAGAGCCUGAACCUGAUGCUGCCCAAGGAAGACCGCAGCGCCAUGCUGCUGCGCAUCUACAACGACACCACCCCGCUCAUCAACAUGGGCAUCCAGCGCGACCAGAAGAAGGUCGAGGGUGCCGAGGCCAAGGAGGGUGAGAAGGACGCCGAGAUGAAGGACGCCGCCGCUGCCGGGGAGGCUGAGGAGGCCGCUGGUGUAGCGGAUGUCGAGGUGGCGGAUGCGCCCGCUCCUGAGGUCGCCGAGGCCCAGGCUGCGGAGGCUGCUGCUGCGGAAGAACCAACAGCUUAG